AUGGUUGCAUCUGAUUCAACCGAGUCUUCGAGCUGGGACUUCACCCAGGCACUUGAUCUCCUGCGGUCCCCCACGUACAAGGGCACCUCGGCGAGAUCAAGUUGCCCACCGGAAUACCCGGCUGACCUUCCUCAAGAUCAGCCCAAGAAAAACGUCAACAAUGGUGCUAGUGUCCAGGCCCCUGGCCUUACUUCUAAGCGCAGUCACACCAAGCUAGGUGACUUCGGUUCCCUUUGGGACCUCUUGGGCGGCCUCCCAACCCCCAGCGUCACUCCGGCUACAGUUACCACAAACUCCAAACCCGAGGAUACCCAACGGUCACUCGAAGCCUCGCCGGCUUUCAGCAUUUUCAAGCGACCUAUCAAUCAAGUAUCGCACCGCAGCUCUAUCGAGUCAUCUGCCCCUCUUCCGUCCAAAACCUCUUCGGUUGACAAAUCAAAGUCCAAGACCUUCCAAGAUACCAGUGGCCGUUCUUCAAAACGUUCACCACGACCUCAACCAGUCACUAUCUUGCAGCGGAAAUCGGGACACGAGUCUACUGGCACGGAUGACAAGGUAGAAUUUGAUAUUCCACGAACCCCUUCAAGAACCAUCGCUGGCGCCGGUAAUCUUGAUACUCCCAAAGCGAGAACGCAACACCGGGUUGCUCGCAAGGAGACACAAACAAAUAUCAGCAAUGCAGCCUACUCUUCCGAAGCUAGUGCUGGAGCGGAGUCCGACUCUAGCUUUAUUUUUGAUCGUCCCACCCCUAAGAAAUUUGGGGCCCUGGCUUUUGUCCCGGCCCAAAUCGGAACGCCAGACGCCCAAGCCAGCCGUUACGAUACACCACCGUCCUCAUUUGAGGAUCAAGACUUUGCUUUAAAUGCAAACGCCAUCACAGCUCUCGGUCCUGGAAACCGUGUUCAGUCCACCAUAUACAAAUCGUCGACUGAGCGAAGAGUAUCCUUGAUGACCAAACUUCUCAAAGACUUCCCUGAAUAUGCCAGCAUCGUAUCCUCGGUGGGACAGUCUAUCAAAAAGUCUCCCCGCAAAGGCGUUGUUUCUGACUCCAUUCAUAUCUUUGUUGAUAUUUCCAACAUCAUGGUAGGAUUCCACGAUGCGGUGAAAUACUCCCGCAAUAUUCCUCUCACGACACGAAUCCGUCGUGUCCACAUGUCAUUUGCCAACCUUGCCCUGAUCAUGGAACGGGGCCGCCACGCCGCCAAGAGAGUCUUGGUCGGCUCGGAUAGAUUGCCCUCCAUCGACGAAGCCGAAACGCUGGGCUACGAAGCAAACAUUUUAGAUCGUGUGCACAAAGUUAAGUACACCACACCCCGCCGCAACAACAAGUCCCGGAAGAUUCCUGGCUCUGGCUCCCAGGGGGCGUCAGGCGGUCCUGAAACGGUCGCCCCCUCUGGAGAGCGAUGGGUCGAGCAGGGUGUGGACGAAAUUCUGCACCUGAAGAUCCUGGAGAGUCUUUUAGACACGGAUGAACCGGCGACGAUUGUUCUGGCGACUGGAGAUGCGGCCGUUGCCGAGUUUUCGGGCGGUUUUAUGCGCAUGGUUGAGCGCGCUCUUCAGCGCGGCUGGUCUGUUGAGCUUGUUAGCUUCACCCAAGUUACAAGCUAUGCUUAUCGCAAGAAGGAGUUCCGCGCCAAAUGGGGCGAUCGUUUCAAGAUGGUUGAGCUGGAUACGUACAUCGAAGAGCUGUUCGAGUAA